AUGGCCACCGAGAUGAAGCAAGGAACGGCGAACUGCAGAGGUCCUGUCCUCACCUUCCCCGUAGGAAGCCGAAGUACAGCCAGCAGCGUCGCCACCAGCACCGAUCAUGGCCGGUACAAACCAAAUCCUGAAGCCCCUUCCUUCCUCCGCUUUGCUCUUGCUGCUAACCGCGUCUUUGCUUGUGUAUGGUUGCGAUGGGCGGCGGCGCGGGAAGACUACGAGCAGGAGCAGGAGAUGGAGGUGGAGGCGCUGCAGGCCAUCCUCAUGGAUGACAUCAAGGAGAUCGACCCAAGUGAGAGUGGGAUCGCCACCACCGCCAGGUGCUUCCAGAUCCUACUCUCUCCUCAGGAUGAUGAUUUUGACGAGUCAGCUUCUGUCCCAGUUCAACUAGCCCUGAUUUUUGCGCACACUGAGAAGUACCCUGAUGAACCUCCGCUACUGAAUGUCAAAAGUGUACGAGGGAUUAAACCACAUGAUCUUGCAUCCCUGAAGGAAAAGCUUGAGCAAGAGGCAACGGAGAAUCUUGGCAUGGCUAUGGUCUACACUCUUGUUUCAUCAGCCAAAGAGUGGCUAAGUGAGAAAUAUGGUCAGAAUGGUGGUGAUGAGGAACCUGAAGAAACUGAAGCGGAAGAAGAGGAGGUUAUUAUACCACAUGGUGAAGCUGUUACUGUAGAGAGCUUUCUGGCUUGGAGAGAACGUUUUGAAGCUGAGUUGGCCUUACAGCGUGCUAAACUUAUGCCAGAUUCAGCUCUUACAGCCCCAAAGGAAAAGAAACUCACAGGACGGCAGUAUUUUGAAAGUGGAAGGCAUGCAGUGAAAGGAGCAAGCACAGUUGCUGAUGAAGAUGAAGAAGAGGAGGAAGACACUGAAUUCGAUGAUGAUUUUGAAGACGAUGAAGAGGACAUGCUUGAGCAUUAUUUAGCCGAACAAUCAGGGAAGUCAACAGCUUAA